AUGGCUCUUCCACAUUCCUUGGGGUUCCUUACGGCGAUGAAGGAGUUGAAAGUGGUUGAGCGCUCUAAUCUCGAGAACCUCCCCGAGUCCAUAUCCGCCAUGGGAGCUCUCACAAGCCUCAUUCUUGACGGCGGCUAUUUUUCCAGCGUGCCCGAAGACAUCGGGCAGCUCCAAACCUUGGUUACUGUGAAGCUGUUUUCCAUACGCCUUCUUCACCUGCCUGACUCGUUUGGGCAGCUGGGGCAGCUGAAAGAGCUGACCAUAUACGAGUGCUACGACCUAUUCGAGCUUCCUGCAUCCUUCACCAACCUCUCUUCACUGGAAUCGCUACUUAUCUAUGGUGGAUCCUCGCUCACAUACCUGCCUUUGGGUUUUGAGAAGCUGACGAAGCUACGCCGACUAGAGCUGCUAAACUGCGCCAUGCUGUACCUGCCUGAUGGGUUCGGGGAGCUGCCAAAUAUGGAGAUUCUCAAAAUUCAAACUUCGGACACGUACAAAAGAGUCGGCGUUAAUUUCGAACCUGCCCCACGGCCCGCUCAUCUGGGGUAUGAGAGCGAAGGUGAGGAGUUUCAACUGGACGGAUCCUGCUCCCUGCGUCGCUUUCCUGGGACUUUCAGCUUGCUCCUAGAGCCUAGAGCAGCUGAUCAUUGA